UACGCAGGUCAUGCUUCUUGGGUUUGUAUGACUAGGGUGUUCCUUGGAGGAAAGGGCAUGACUGAAGGCAUCUAGUGACAUGAAUGAGCUAUUAUCGCAUAUAUCCACUCAGUCUAGACUUGUAAUUACUUCCUUCGGCAGUGAUUCCUCGACUGACGUUGUUGGUUCUGAUGCAAUUUGUAUUGAAGUUCCAAUCGAUGAUAUUCGAGUUGGUGAUUCUUUGCUCGUUUUUUCGGGAGAAACUAUAUUCGUAGAUGACAGUCCGUUGAGGAUCGAGGCCUUUUCCACUGGUUCCCAUCAACAAUUUCCAAGGUUGUUAAUAUGGUGGUUUCUUCAUAUCUAUUCAAGCCUCGAGUACGGAGUUAGGACCUGUUGGUGGGAGAUAUCAGGUAUGCUGUGGAAUUUGUUGAGGUGUGCACAAGGUGGUUUGGAUAACACGGUAUAAAAUAGAUAAAAGCUAAUAUUUUGUUGAUGUAAUGACAAAAAGCUUGAGAUUGCAAAAUUGAUCACAACGUCUGAAAUUCAUUAGAAAUAUCAUGUAAGCUAAUUUUGUUGGUUUCUCAUUAAGUGUAGCAGUCCAAUCUUGUAGUGUCUAAACUUCCUUUUUUCUCAUGUACAUGUUACCCUUUGACAACUUGAAUCUCACUUGAAUUUUCUUUGUUUGAAA